AUGUAUAAAAUAUCAUUUUUUAUUUUUAUGGUAUGUUUAUUACUGACAAAAUUAAAUUAUAAGGUAUUUGCUGAUAGUAGUUCAUCAAAUCCAACAUUACCAACAAAUUGCAAUGGCGUUGAAUGUCCAAUGACAGUGGUCUGUGGGAUAGGAUAUAAACCACAUAUACCCCCUGGUGAAUGUUGUCCAACUACAUGUGAAUGUGAUACAACCUAUCAAUGUCCAUUACUUGGAUGUCCACCAGAAACUUAUUAUUAUACCGCUCCAGGUAAUUAUAAUUUUAAUCAUCACCAUUUUUUUUUAUUAUUAAUUAAAAAAAAAAAAAAAUUAUUAAUUUUGUUAAAUUAUUUCCAAGGUGAUUGUUGUGCAAGUAAGUGUGUUUGUAAUUCAACCUAUCCAUGUCCACUUUUAGGUUGUGGUCCAGGCUAUACCCCUUAUACUCAACAAGGUGAUUGUUGUCCAAACAAAUGUGUAUGUGAUUCAAGUUAUCAAUGUCCUUUAUUAGGUUGUCCCCCAAACACAAUAACCUAUACCAAACCAGGUGAUUGUUGUCCAAGUGAAUGUAUUCCAGAUUGUAACGAAAAUCAACCAUGUCCAAUUUUAAAUUGUGCCACAAGUUUUAUACCAUAUACUGAACCAGGUAAUUGUUGUGCCUCAAAGUGUGUUUGUGAUCCAACAUAUCAAUGUCCACUAUUAGGUUGUGAACCAGGUUACAAAGCCUUUACUGCUCCAGGUGAAUGUUGUGCAAGUCAAUGUGUUUGUGAUCCAAAUUAUCCAUGUCCUUUAUUAGGUUGUGGACCAGGUUAUAUUGCCUAUACUCCUCCAGGUGAAUGUUGUGCUAAUAAAUGUAUUUGUGAUCCAAAUUAUCAAUGUCCUUUAUUAGGUUGUCCACCUUCCACAAUUGAAUAUACUGCUCCAAAUGCUUGUUGUCCAAGUAAAUGUGUUCCAGUUUAA